UAUGCGUCAUCAUAUGCAUUUAUGACAAUAAUACUCAAUAUAUACUUUUUUUAAUUUAAUUAGUUUAUGUGACAAUGUGCAGUAUUGUGACAUACGAUUUAAGGCGUGGUAAGAUUUUUUGGAAGUAAUGUUGGUACUUUAAACGUUCAGAUUCGUUCAGAAAGUAAUAAUUGCAUAUAAAAUUAUUGGCCAGCUGGUUCGUACAUAUAGAAAAUUGCCGACGAUUCCUUUCCUGUUUAAACAGUAAUCAUCUCAACUGUAUCCUGAUUAUUGGUUGAAUGUCGUGCCAUAAGAGUGAAAGAGAACUAUGGUUAAGACUAUAUGUAUGGAAAAGUCAUCGUAAAGGAAUUUUUAAAGCAAUAAGAUAAGGGAUUUAUGAGUCAGCCAUUCAGUUGUGUUACGGUUGAGCACAAAAUAUAUCUGGCAACUCCGUAAAAUCCAAAAAUUGCACGAUUUUGGUAUCAGAAGAGGACUUAAAACGACGAAUUUGGAGGGAGUAUACGAAGAUAUUAACUUACCAGGAAAAUGUCUAACGUUAGUAAUUUAGAACAGCAAAUUGCAAAUUUACAAAUUAAUCAUGGCGAUGGUAUUAAAACCAUUAAGUCUGGGAAAAAAGUAGGACCAGCUGUACCUCCAAAACCAAAAAAAUCACAACCACAGAUACCACAAAGUUAUACUAUAAAGGCUGCAUCAGUGCCAUCAUACAGUACAGUGCUUAAUAAUUCUGGCCAAAAUGAAAAAUCAUCAAAUUUAUACGUGAAUUCUCCUUCACCAUAUGUGCCACUAAAUAUAGAGAAAAAUGACUUUUCAUUACCAUCCACUGCGAAUGGAAAAGAUGUUCCUAAAAACUAUCAGAACAAUGAGAAUUUUUAUGUGCACCAAUCAGAUGAGAAAUUUGAACCAAAAUAUGGAUAUGAUGAAAAAAAUCAUUAUUCAAAUAUUGGUAAUAUGCCUGCUCCUCAAGUUCCAGUUGAAGAUCACUCAAGAUCAACAAGAAAUAUCGUAUAUAGUAAUAUAGAUCCUCCAAUAUCUAUACCAGUUAAUAAGACAGCUAAAACUGAAAAAGACAUCAUCUACAGCAAUAUUCAAUGGAAUUCUAAACCAGAAAAUACAUAUUGUAACAUUCCUUCUGCACUCAAUAAUGAUGACUUACCACCACCACCAGAACCUUCAGAAUAUGUUCCAUGUGUGCCGGGUAGUUCCUUCCCACCACCACCGGAAGAAUUACCGCCUCCGCCAAGUCCUGUGUCAUCUAGUUAUAGCGAACUUAGACGCGCUACUUAUCAAACUGAUUUUCCACCUGACAAUUAUCCAAAUGAUAUUUAUGGUCCAAGUUCACAAUCCAGUUCUACAUAUGAAUCUAUAUACGAACCAAUUAAUCCUAGACCACCAUCACAAUUAUCUUGCAAUUAUUCCAUGUACUCUGGUUAUGGAUCUGCUACAUCUACUCAGCCCCAAGGAAAGGUCUCUCCAGUUAAGGAAGUGGACGUUUUGACUGAUCUGUUAGUUCAAGGAAUGGAAGAUAAUGCUGAAGACAGUGAUAUAUAUGGGAUUUGUGCCCAGUGUGGUCGCAAAGUUGAAGGCGAAGGUACCGGUUGUUCCGCGAUGGAUAAGGUUUUCCAUAUUGACUGCUUCUGUUGUUAUGUUUGUAAGGUUAACCUACAAGGUAAACCCUUCUAUUCACUGGAAAACAAACCCUAUUGCGAGGAAGAUUAUUUGAAUACUUUGGAAAAGUGCUGCGUUUGCACUAGACCAAUACUCGAUAGAAUAUUAAGAGCUACAGGUAAACCUUAUCAUCCAUCCUGUUUUACAUGUGUUGUUUGCGGGCAAAGUUUGGAUGGUAUACCAUUUACGGUAGACGCUACAAAUCAGAUUCAUUGCAUAGAAUGUUUCCACAAAAAAUUUGCACCUCGUUGUUGUGUUUGUAAGUUACCGAUUAUGCCAGAACCAGGACAAGAGGAAACUGUGCGUGUUGUAGCACUAGAUCGUAGUUUUCAUAUUCAGUGUUACAAAUGCGAGGAUUGUGGGUUGGUUUUAUCUUCUGAUUCCGAGGGACGUGGAUGCUAUCCUUUAGAUGACCAUGUGUUAUGCAAAAGCUGUAAUGCUACUCGUGUGCAAGCAUUAACGUCACAUAUGACGACUGAAUUAUAAAUGGCAUGAUCAUUGAAACGAUAUAUUAGAUUGUUAUAUUUACAGUUGCCGUUUUAUGAAUUUUUAUAUUUAGAGAUAAGUUUCUAUAAGACAUCCGACAUUUAAUAUGUUUUUGAGGAACUUUUUAAUCAAAGCCAUUUUGACAAUUGAAUAUGAGUAGGUUUUUCAUUAUUUGAUACUUCGAGAUGAAUUACGUUAAAUAUUCAUAAUAUUUCUAUACCUUUUUAAAAGAUUUAUAUUUUAGAGAUUGUAUUUAUCUAUAUAUAUUAUUGACUCGGAUUAGACAGGUUUGAAAAAAUUUCAGAACUGGGUUAAUGUUACUGCCUUUACACUGCCAUAUAUGAAAUUUCAAAAAUAUCUAAGAAUUAUAUUGUCAAAUAAUAUUUAACAAAAAAUUCUAAACUGUGAGCACGUAUGUUGUAGUCAAGAUUGAUUUCUUGUAAUAAGUAUAAUUAUUGACUAUAAUGUGAUUUAGUCAGGUAUUGCAUAUAUUAUUAAGGCAAGGUAUUCAAUUCCUAAUAUUAAGAGCAAUGUUAGAUUUAUGUGUGACUAUAUCCUCAUAACGUCAAUAAUGCGAAGUAGAGAUUAUGCAAUUUAUAUGCUUCUUUCUAUUGAUCUAGAAUAUACAAAACGUUUAUUCCAAUGUAUUGGAUCCGUUAUGUAUUUAGAUUUCCGCUUUAUGAUAAAUCAUGUGAUACGAUAGAAUUAAUACAAUGCAAAUUAGUGCAAAUACCUUAAAUUAUAUUAUCUAUUUAGCAAGUGAAAAGACUAAGAAAGCAAAUAGAACUUAAUUGUAAAAUGUAUUUGUAAUGAAUAUUGAAUAAAAUAGCGAUUAUAUUUAAAAACAACGCGUGGUCUUUAAUUAUUCUUCAUUAGUUCAAUUAUUUCUUAUUUUGGAAAGAAUGAAAAAGUAAACGGCCUAAACGAGAAAGGUAAAUACACAAAUACAAUAUAUAUGUAUUGGAGCAUUGUAUAUUUCAUAUUUUUAAUGAGAUUUUAUUAUUAUAUAUUUGCAGGAGAGACUCACACUUAUUUUAGUCUAUACCUUUUCUUUGCUAUGGCUCUUCCAUCUAUAUAAUGUUCAUGCACAGAUGUCUUUAUUUUGUUUUUAAAUAUAUGCAUCUCUUAUACGUAAUAUAUUUUUUUAUUAUCAUCGAGUACUUAGAUUUUUUUUUGUUGUACAACCUACAUAUCAUUUAUGUAUAAUUUAUGUUUUUUAUUUUUCUUAAUACAUCAAUUUCUGUGUUUUAGGAGGCAUGCUUUAUAGAUUGUGGAAUAUGAUUUGAUCACUUUACAAAAAAAUGAACUCAAAUGAAUUCCAUAUACAUAAUUUCCAAAUUACAAUAAAAUAUAAUAGUGCAAUCGCUGAUUGGCAAACAAAACAAAAAAUCUAGUCCGUAUGUUUCUUGAGAUUGCACAAGUUCAUUUAUCUUAGAAGUAUGCUUAAUAAUAUCGAAUCAUUGCCAGUCUUAAUCCAGCAAUAGAAAUUUGGCUAAAGUAUCGAAUUAAUAAAAAAAUAAAUAGCUGCUCAUGUAAAAUAACAAAAAACCUUUCAUCAUGCGUAGACAAAACCUAUUUCACGCAACAUAUUGUGAACGUAUAAUAAUCCACAAUCGUAGAAAGCACACCGCGUACACCGUGUAUGUAAUAUACAUCAAUUAUAUUCCUAUGUUCAACUACGCAUACCCGCUAAUAUCUAUCUUAGAUUUCUUUUUAUAUUAUAAUAUACUUUGCGAAGUAUAUAUUAUAUUUUAUAUCGUAUCAGCACCAUUCUACGUUGAAUUUAGUACAUGUAUAAUAAUUGCAAUUAAACGACUCGUCUUAUUUUUAAACACGUUUCGUUUCGCUUGUUAAAUCAGUACCAAACUGAACAUAGAAUUGUACCUCUUUUUUUUGCUUUUGUAUUACCUCUCGUUAUAGACGUAUAUAUUUUUAUAUAUAUAUAUAUUUAUUUUAUUUAUUUAUUUAAUUAGGUAUGUAUACGUGUAUGAAAUAUGCGUGUGUAGUGUGUAUAUGUGUGUGAGAGAGACAACAUUAAUGUACUUACACACGGAUGCUUACACACGUAAACUGUCUUCUUUUCUCAUGUUCUCUGUGUUUUCAUUUUGUUUUCUUUUUAACUUGCACGCAAUAAUCACAGCCACCUAUCCAGAUACGCGCUCACGCACACCCAAAUACGCACCUAUCGCACUCGCAUUCCAUAUACCUUCGGUAUACGUUUUUUAUUUAUUUUCGUUAGUUAAUAUUUAUAAUAUAUAUAUAUAUAUCUAUAUGUAUAUAUUUAUAUUUGUAUAUUGCUGAGAUAUCUUCUUGUGUAUUAUACAUAGAAAUAGGUGCCGAAACGAGCUGCUCUGUUCCUUUUUUUUUCUUUUAUCAUUUUUCCAUUUCGAUUACAUAUGUAUAAUAUCGUUCUUUUUUUAUUUAUUUUCUUGUACGAUCAUAAUAAUUAAUGAAUAAGAAAAAAGGGGGACAUGCGACUCGAAUGCCGUAUGCGAUGUUUCCAUAUUUUGUUUUAUUUUUUAUUCGCACUUACUAAACUUCGUUUUCGUCUUUACCAUUCCUUUUUUUUUAUAUCUCCUUAAAAUCGUCCUUGCUUCUAAUUAAAUUCCCUUUCUCGAAUUCCAUUCUCCUAACAGCAUACUUUCACACUUUCAAAUUCGCUGGGUGCUGGUUUUGGGCCGUGCUGGGGCCCGUAAAUCAAUAAAUAAAUAGAGGAACAACAUUCUUCAAACAUCUUUUUUUUUCUUAUAACAACAUUAGAGGCUCUUGGAACGUAACGCAACAAAUGUUCAACAAUACAAUCACGAAAACAAAUAGAAGGCACUCUUACAUUUUUUUUAUCAACAAAUUAAUUUCUUUUCGUAACGACUCACGGGUAAUCUAUAUGCGUCCUAGGCCUUUGUCGUCUCAUCUACGUGUCCCUCGAAUUAUAUUUCUCCCUUUUUUUGUUUCUUACUCUUCCGUUUUGUUUAUUCUUUCCCUUUUCUCUCUUGUACAUAAACCGCUAUAUAUUUCGCCGCGACAUCUAAAUCACAGCGCCGCACAAACCUUCGGUUCAUUAUCAUUCUUCGUUUUCCUCAUUUAAAUAGACAAUAAUAGCUACAAUAUGCGAGAUAUGAGAUAACAAAUUUCUCGUUAUAGAUAAAAGAAAUUUAUACGUUCAUAACAAUUAGGUAGAAUAUUAUUUAACCUUUUAUAUUAUAAUAAUUUAAUUAUUGUUAUUUGCUUGGAAGCUCACAGCCGACACAUUUAUUUAAUUCAUUAUUACAUACUUGUUUUUUUUUUUUUGUUCUUUUAAAGGUAUAUUUUUUUACCGUAUUCGUUUUUCGGGUAUUUAGGGCAUCUCUUUUUUCUCUUUUUUUCAUCGUUUUUUUGUAACAGCUAUUUUUAUGACCAUCUGUCUUUUUCUCCUUUUUUCUGUUUUUUUGUUUGUUAAGUUUUAAAUAUUUCCUCCUGCGUCUUUCUUGCGCGGAUAACUUGUCGAAAAAAAAGAAGAAAUGUAAAUCAGUAUAUUAUUAUUUCUUUUUCUACUGUGGCGUCUCGAAAUUGCGUGAGAAUGAGUUGUUUUGUUCACGGUUACUCUAAUUAAACUAUAAGUACUGGUUUUACCAUCAGGUAGAAAAUCAAAACUGAGAGAUGUGGCAGUGCCUUGAGCAACCGUCUUUUUUUUUUUUUUUA